AUGUGGACGGCAAAGAGCGAUGUUGAAGAGUUGCACCAAUCUUCUUUGUCGAGUCCCGGCCCCGUUGCUCCCCCAGCUGCAAAUGACCUGCCCAUUCACCCUGCCCACGUCGAAGUUAUUCAAGUUAGUCGGUAUUAUCCUCCCGGUGUCUCCAAGAUUAUCGGCCGUGGCGGUGAGAGUUAUAUCGGCCUUAUCGACGAGUCAACAGUUUUAAAGUACCCAUGCAUCCCUGGCAACCGUGAGGGCAUUGAAAUAGAGGCGGAGCUUCUCGCGAUUCUAGGAAACCAUCCGCGAAUCCUCUCCUUGAAGGGUCUCAACGAGCAUGGUCUACUACUGCAAUAUGCGCCAAACGGAAACGUCUACGACCGCGUCCUCUCGGAGCCCGUUAUACCUCUCGACCAAAAACUCUGUUGGUGCAAACAAGCUGCCGAAGCUGUCAAGUACAUACAUGAAAAGGGGGUUAUCCACUGUGAUAUCAACCUCCGCAAUUUAUUACUGGACGAUAACCUUGAUAUCCUGCUCGCAGACUUCCAGGUCUUCCCGGAGUUGGACAGCUUGGACGAUGAUGAGCAGAUAGCAUCUCGAUUCCAGAGCGGACAGUUUCCUACUGAUAGCCAUGCGUACUUUAAGAUCACAGAUAAGUGCUGGAGGCAGCUGUACGAGUCCGCUGAGGAUAUAAUUCUUGACAUCUCUCGGGAGCGAGCCCUGACUCAAAUCAAAUUCUCGCGCGACGGCGACCUGCUCUUCUCUUGCGCCAAAGAUAAACACAUUUGCGUCUGGUACUAUGCCAACGGCGAGCGGCUAGGCACCUAUUCUGGCCACCAGGGUGCGCUCUGGACCGUCGACGUAUCUCCCAACACCGUCCUGAUCGCCUCUGGCGCCGCAGACAACUCCGUGAAGCUAUGGAACAUCAAGACGGGCGAGUGCGUGAAGACAUGGGAUUUUCCCACAGCUGUCAAGCGAGUAGAGUUCUCCGCUGAUGGAUCAAAACUUUUGGCCGUGACGGAGAAGCGAAUGGGAUACCUGGGUACUAUCGUGGUUCUUGAUGUUGCAUAUGGGGAUGGAGAAGGAAACGGGCUACAAGAGCAGGCUGAGGAGCCAAGCUUGAAGAUUACCUGUGAGGAGAGCAAGGCUACCGUUGCUGGGUGGAGCUAUCUAGGGAAAUAUAUCAUUGCGGGACACGAGGAUGGAAGUAUCAGCCAAUAUGAUGCUAAGACCGGUGAGCAGCUGGAAAAUGUGCAGGCGCACGAACUUGACUGCAAGAUCACCGACCUCCAGUUCUCUGCCGACAGGACAUACUUCAUCACCGCCUGUUCCGACAAAUCAGCCAAGAUCCUCUCCUCAAGCACCCUCGAAAUUCUCAAGACCUACCCCGCCGAUACCCCACUCAACACCGCUGCUAUCACUGCUAAGAAAGAUUUCGUUGUUCUAGGCGGUGGUCAGGCUGCAAUGGACGUCACUACCACCUCUGCCAGACAAGGAAAGUUCGAAGCCCGAUUCUAUCACAAGAUAUUCGAGGACGAGAUCGGCCGUGUCCGAGGCCAUUUCGGCCCAUUGAACACAAUUGCUGUUCACCCUGCUGGCGUUGGAUAUGCCUCUGGUGGAGAGGACGGUUAUGUACGUGUGCACCAUUUCGAUAAGUCCUAUAACGACUUUAUGUAUGAGGUUGAGAGGGAGCAGUUGAGGAAGUGA